UCGUCAGCGCCAUCUGCCCUGGAAGUCUGACGUUGUCGGCCAGACUGACUUUUAUACAAGCGGUGGGAGCUCGUGUGUGUUCACGCGUAGCAAGCAACAUGAUUCCACAUAGACCACAAUGAUACCAGGCCACAAAUGGCUGGCCCUGCUUACGCUCCUGGCGUCGGUCCACGCAUUCCUCGCGACCGCGGGCCAACCAGUAGCAGCAGAGCCCGCGCCGACUGGACUGGGAGCUGCCGUCAGCAAUUUGUUCUCGCAGAAGGUUAAGCUGUACUUGGAGUCGCUGCCGGAGGAGCAGCAGCAGCAGCUGUUGCAAGGUUUGCCGCCCGCGCAGCUUGCGGACAGGCUGCGGCCUACACUGAGAUUCCUUUACGAGGAUAGCUACACAAUUGUGACACAGCAUGGAUUCAUCGUGCCGGAGCUCGGCGAGCUCUUCGUGGACGAGGGCAGCAUGCUCUUUGGCAAUAUCAGCUACGUGCGCAGCCACAGCAGCGAAAUCUCGUUCGAGCAGGGCCUGCGGCUGCUGCUGGCCACCCUGCGCUCGUUUGACCCAACACGCUUCACCACACUUCUCACAGCCUACCCCAUCUGCCGACGCGCGGUCACCGCGCUGCUAUUGGAGCGCUUCCUGACCUCGGGCAACUUCAGCGAUAGCGAAGGGCAGCUGGUGCUGGGCAUCAGCACCCGCCUGUUUGAGUUGCACCGCCAGGCCGCGCAAACGAAGCGCAUCGUGGAGUUCUUCCAUGUCUCAAAAUCAGGCGGGACGAGCUUCUGCCAACUCGGCCGGCUGAACGGCUGCAAGACGGAGGGCUUUGAUUCGCACCGGAACUGCCUCAUCACUUACUUCAGGGACCACCCGCGCUGGACGGUGGCGGACGCGCUGCCUGCGCUGUCUGCGGCCACGCCGGGCAUGCGGGAGCCCUGGUGCGCGCGCUUCGGGCGGCAGUACUCGUUCAAGUGGCACUGCAGGGCGCGGCGGCAGCACAUGACCAAGAACAGGUUCAACAUCUACGCCAACGAGCUGGUCCUGCACGACCAGGCCAACCUCACCGGCAGCGGCCGCUCCAGCUGGUUGGGCGUGCACCCCUGCCGCGAGUUCCUCAACGUGGUCAUCUUCCGCGAGCCAGCGGAGCGCGUGGUCAGCCACAUGUACUUUGACAAGGAGAGCCCGGAGCAGUGGCGCGCUUUGGCUGUGCCGGUCAUGGACAACUACGUGGUGCGCAGCCUGCUGGGCGGCAAGGUAUUCAACCUGCCCGGCGGCGCCAUCAACGCCACCCACCUGCUGGCCGCCAAAAUCAUCAGCCUGCAGUUCGAGGUGCUGCUCAGCCUGGGCAGCAGCACCAGCAACAACAACAACAACAACAACAACAACAACAACAACAACAACAACAACAACAACAACAACAACAACAACAACAACAACAACAACAACAACAACAACAACAACAACGGCAGUAGCACCCGCAACAGUAGCAUCGGCAGCAGCAGCAGCUGCAGCAGCAAUAAUGGCAGUAGCAGUGGCGGCAGUAGCGCUAGCGGCAGUAGCUCGCAGCAGCAGGGGGCGCGUGAGCUCACACGCGACAUCUUCGGGCUGGGGCUGGGCUGGCCCGUGGAUCUGCGCCACCUGCACGCUCGUCCAACCCCCCAACGGCCACAGUUUUCGGAUCCGGUUAUGGCCGCCGUACGGCAGGCCACCCUGUACGACCAAGAUCUGUACGAGUUCGCGCUCGUACUGCAGGGCCUGGACGCGGUCGUCUUUGGCGUGGCGCACGAUCUGGCGGGCGCGGGUGGCGGCGGCGGCGGCGGUGGCGGAGUGGAGGAGUCGGGCCGGCAAGAAGGAGGCGAGGGCGGCGACGCAGGGGAGGGCGACGAAGAGGUGCCGGGCGCCGCCAGCGGCGGUGCCGCCAGUAGCAGUGCCAAUGGCACUUUCCUGGGCGCCUUCGGCGGCAGCGCCGUCGGCGGCGGCGCCGUCGGCGGCGGCGGGGCCAAGCGCAAGCGGCCGCGGCGCACGUGCGGGUAUGUUGGACAGGUGCGGCGGGCGGUGGCGGCCGCCGCCAGCAGGGCGGCGCUGCUCACCGCCGCGCCGCCGCCGCCGCCUGAGGCUUGGUUGGCGGCGCUGGCCCAACCGCUGACGCUGAUGCUGUCUGACGGGCAGCAGGUGGAGGUGCCGCUGAGGUUUGACACGCUGGGGGAGCGGGAGGUGGCGGGGGGCCGCUGGUUCAACGGCACCUUCUUCGCCAACAGCACAGAAGCUGUGGCCCGUGCGGUGGCGGCGGCGCGGGAGGCGGCGCUGGUGGAGGCGGAGGCGCUGCGGGAGGAGCGGAACGCGGAGCUGCAGGCGCGACACGCGGUGCGGGAGAAGCGGGUCAAGGCCUGGGGGCAGGUGCGGGGCAGGCUGGGCGCAGACGCAGUUGGAGGUGGAGGUGGUGGUGGGGGUGUCAGGGCAGGAGGCGGAGGACUGGAGGUGGAGGCGGCUGGGGCGGCGGGUGCAGGGAUGGAGGCGGCUGGGACAGGGAGGGGAGUGGGCGCGCGGGGCCUGUGAGUUGGUUGCUGCGGUGAAGGGGACAUACGGUUGAGAAAUUGAUCAUUAUAAACGUAUGAGGCACAGCAUCAUGCUUGUUUGGGCGUGUGCCAAGAGGCGGUUGGGGGGCGCGGGGGAUGCGGUUUGGCGCAUCCGCUUGCCGACAUUGUGACAAACAUGCGGCUCUCAUCAGCGUGCGAGCAAGGUGAAGCGCGGUGUGCGCAAACGUUAUAUGCAUGUACUGCUCAAGUAUGGGGGGGGGGCUUAGCCGUUCAUGGAGAAUGGAGUGGUCAAUGCACACGGAUGAAUGAAGGGGCGGAAGAAGAGUUAGGGCUUGGGGGAAGUUGUGGUGUGCUGGUGUGCGUGUGGGUACGACACGACACGUGUACGGCACGGCAAAGUGUGUGGGUGACUGGAUGCGACGCGACGCUGGGGCCCCGCCGUAAUGGCGGUGGCAGUCACGUGGCGGGCGAAUUUGUGACCAACACGUUGAGCGGUAUUUGCUCUUGGGGUGUUUGCUAUUAAUGAGGCAAGCACUCCAUGUAUAUAAUGCCAGACGGAAUCCCUCG